AUGGGCAGCGUUUCCCUCAAGACAGAGGGGGGGGGGGGGGGGGGAAUGUCAAGAUUUUGGCAGGGUUUGAUUGUAGUUCGGACAGCACAGGCCGAUGCGGGUGAUACGGUCCAAGUCCAGGUUCACGUUCACGUUCAGGUGCCGGGGCGGGUGCAGGGCGGCGCAUGA